AUGCUGUCGUAUCAGGACAGUGCCCCUUCAAUCACCAGUAAGUCCACUCGUCAGAGUGUUUAUCAGACCAAUGGUAGACCUUUGAGCGAGGAGGCCAUCUACAAGGCAAAGUUGAAGUACGGAAUCUACAACAACCCAGCAAAGGUCAACCUGGGUGUUGACCCUUCUGCCUCCGACACUGCGGCAUUGUUGGCCUCUUCCAGCGACCUCUCCAUCCAUCCAUACAAGAGAGAGCUUUCCACGGAGGCUGCCACGGCUGCCCUGAUUGCUAAGACCGAUUCUGCCCCUAGUGCUUGGAAGAGAAACAAUUUCGCACCAGAAGCCGAGUACGCAGCCAUUAGUGCCAAGUCGCAGAAGUAUCCGUUCUACGAGGAGGACGUGGAGUCGUCCGAGUUUGUGGAGUCGCAGGACGCGGCUGCGUCGGUGCUGAAGAAGCCUUCGAACGCCCCGGCCAAGUCUGCGUUGCAGGAGCUGUACGACUUUGACGACGUGCGGUCUGGCCGGGCCACCAUCAGCAACCUGCAGGCCGGUGCCACCGGCAGCGGGGGAGCGUACGAGGCCUCGAAAGUGAUCAACAUUGCGCGGAUUCUGAAUAAAGCCACCGACUCGGCCACCAAGACACUCGACUCGCGUGUGAACCCGCAGGUUUUGGACGCGCGUUCCGGGCUGGCCACGGCCAACGCCCACGCCGAGGCCAACGGUGCCGUGGACAUCUCGAAGAUCACCUCGUCGGCACAGAAGUCGGCUCUCAAGAGCAUGACCUCGAGACUCAACCCAAGCCGUGAGGGUCUGUACGGCCUCCCCACCGCGAGCGACAGCCAGGACAAUGCCAAGUUUGCGUCGGUGGGGGCCCUUGCCUCGCAGAACUUCGACCCGAAGACGGACUAUGCCGCCGCAGAGCGCGCCACCCUCGCCAGAAACAGUCUGAUCGACAACAAGGUGCUUAUCAAGGCCAUCAGCAACGCCAACUCGACGCUCGACCGCAUCGACAACAAGGCUGUGCAGGACAAUCUGUUUGGCAACAAGGAGUGGAACAUCAAGGCUGUGCAGAUUGCACAGGCGAACUUUGCGAAACGCAAGUCCGAGACGGUUGGCAAGAUCGACGUUGGCGGAGGCUUGUUAUUGGACAUCAGCCAGAUCAACCAGAUGGCUUCUUCUGUCGUGCAGCCUAUUUUGUCCGACUUGGACGCCAAAGUGGAGCAGCAAAAGGCUUUCAACCAGGCUGCCAAGCAGCAGAAGGAGGAGCGCAAGCAGAAACAAGCCGAGUUCUUUGCUGCGCAGAAGCAGGCCAAGAUUGAGGCCAAGCAGAAGCGCGAGGCCGAGAAGGUUGCUCGUCGCCAGAAGCUUCAGGCCGACAAGGACAAGUUGAAGGAGGAACAGGCUGCCAUGAAGGCCGAGAAGGAGGCUGCGUUGGAGGCCAAGAAGCAGGCUUUCAAGGACCAGAUCGCCGCCGAGGAGGAGGCUAAGCACGAGGUCGACACCGAGAGAGAGGAGAAGUUGGCCGAGCUCAAGAAGGUCAAGGCUGAAAAGGACGCUGUCAGACAGGCCGAGAUCGACGAGAUCCAGGCCGAGAAGGAUAAGGAAGUUGCUCCUCUUGUUGCUGAGGCCGAUCAGGAGACCACUCUUUGGAACGAACUAAAGGCCAAGCGUGAGGAGGCAGACGCUUUCCACGCGGAGCACAAGACCCGUCACGAGGUUGGUUCUGCCAAGCUGGAGUCAACUUUGUCGAAGCUGGAGCGGAUUGGCGAGAAGAUCGCUGCUGCCGAGGCUGCUCUGGCUGCUGCCACGACCGACUCCGAGAGGCUUGCUGCCGAGAGCGAUCUUGUGCACGAGCAGGCGGAGCUGGACUACGAGCAGAAGCAGCGCGAGUACGACGAGUUUGUGGCCAACCGGUCGAAGCUUUCUGACACUAAGGAGGAGCUCGAGUCGCACAGAAAGGAGCUGAUUGCCGAGCUCAAGGAGAUCAAGACGUCUGUCAAGAAGGAGCAGAAGGAGAUCAACGCCAGCUUGCCUGAGCACCUGCAGAAGGAGAUCGACAGCGACAUUUCGGACGAGGAGACCAUUGACCAUUCUCCGUUCGAGCUGGACGACUCCUCCAUCACAGAGCCCCCUGCCGUUGAGGUGGAGGAGCCAGAAAAGGAGCCUGUUGACUACGGCUACGACGAGGAGGCCGAGGCCAAGAAGGUGGCUGACGUGGCUGCCAAGUCGCAGGCCAAGCCGGAGGCCAAGAGCGAGCAGGAGUCUGGAGAAAAGACCACUGCCGAGCCAUAUGUUUCCGUUCCUAAAAAGACAUGGGAGGAGAUCAAGGCCUCAGGAAACUUCGGACCUGGCGAGGACCCGCUUGCGUCCGUGGCCACCAACGAGAAGCCGCCAAUGGCCUCUGUGGUCACCGACAACGAGGUGACUGCUGCUCAGAAUAGGGCUCUUACCCAGUCCGACGACGUUGCACCAGCCAAGGGCGCCAGCUCUGCUGCCAAUGCCCGCACCAAGGCUGCCGGCAAGGCCGUCAAGCCAGAGGAGACCAAGCAGGAAAAGAAGGAGGGUCUUGGUAAACGGUUCAUCAAAUUCCUGGCCACGGAGCCACCAAAGCCAAAGAAAAAGGUGAAGGAGGCUCCAAAGCCAACGCCGAAAAAGGAGGCCCCUGUUGAGGAGACGCCGGCCGCAGAUGCGUUCUCGAACUUUUCUCAGGGCUCCGAUGUUGCUGCGAAAUGA